AUGAUGCUAAGUCCCGAUCAGCAGGACUCUCAUCUCCCCUGGGGACAAACGGAUAGAGAGAACCUUCUGAACACUCUCAGUGCGCAUCGUGGCUCCAUGCCGGCCGCGUCCACGGAUGGAGAGGGCAAAGCGCGCUCCAGGGAGGAGAGGAGACGCAGGAGGCGCGCCACAGCUAAAUAUCGAUCCGCGCAUGCUACCAGGGAGCGGAUCCGCGUUGUGGCCUUCAACGUUGCUUUUGCAGAACUGAGAAAACUGCUGCCGACGCUCCCACCGGAUAAAAAGCUAUCCAAGAUUGAAAUCCUGCGACUGGCGAUCUGUUACAUCUCCUAUCUCAACCACGUGCUGGAUGUUUAG